CAAUAAAUCUCCUGAUCCUGCAAGAUGAUCUCCUUAGCCAUUACUGUUGGAUAAAGGACUUAAGCGCUCUAUGUGCCAGCCAGACAAAGUCCCAACACAAGAGGUUCUUCUGCAUGCGAUGCCUCUCCGCAUAUCGCAGCGAUACCACUCUGAAGAAGCAUCAACUAUACUGCAGCGAUGUGAAGGCAGCGACAGUCCAGAUGCCAAAAGCAGACGAGCAGCUCAAGUUCACGGACAUACAGCGGAAGAUGAAAAUGCCGUAUGUGAUCUAUGCCGAUACUGAGUGUCUGCUGAAAGCAACGUCUCCAGAGCGCCAUGGGAAGCAAACUGUUCGUGAAGCUGAACACGUGCCAUGCGCAGUAUCGUAUGUCGUCGUACGCUCUGAUGGUGUACUGAAGAACACUUUCAUGUUCAGAGGAGAUGAUCCGAUUGAAAAGCUUUUCGAAGAGCUGUCCAAGGAGGAAGAGCGCAUAGAGGAAGACCUGAAGAACAUACGUCCUAUCAUCAUCACGGAUGAUGGAGAGGUGCAGUUCCGCAAUGCCGCAGAGUGCUGGAUCUGUGGCAAGAAACUGAAGGGUGCUGAUCGAGUGCGCGACCACGACCACCUCACCGGACUGUACAGAGGAGCUGCACACAACGCCUGCAAUUUGAAGUUCCGCAUCGUGCCAGAGCACCAUCCCAUCCCCGUUGUAUUUCACAACCUGAAAGGGUAUGAUGGACAUCUCCUGAUAUCCAGCAUCGGCCUCACGUCCAUGAACACUGAGGAGUACAUUGACAGACAAGGACGGCGUCGAAGCAAGGUGAAGGGGCGUGUUACUGUCAUACCCAACAAUAUGGAGCGGUAUGUGUCAUUCUCGUGGGGGAGAUUCAGAUUCAUUGACAGUCUUUCCUUUCUGAACGCAUCGCUGGACAAGCUAGUGAGCAACACGCCUCGCGACUCGUUCUUUCAUCUCAAGUCCCUGGCUUCGUCGUACAGCAACAACGCCACGGGCAGCAACGUCACGGGUAGCAACGCCACGGGCAGCAGCAGCAGCAGCACCACCACCACCAGCAGCACCACCACCACCACGACCAGCAGCACCACCAGCAGCACCACCAGCAGCACCAGCAGCAGCAGCAGUGCACCAGGCUCGUCUAGCAAUACCCUGCUGGAUCUCCUGCAUCGCAAAGGUGUCUAUCCCUACGAAUACAUGAACAGCAGCGCUAGGUUUUCCGAGACUGGUCUUCCUGCAAAGGAAGACUUUUACUCACGCCUCUCAGAGUGCCACAUCAGCGAUGAGGACUACUGCCAUGCCCAGCGUGUGUGGACUGCAUUCGGCUGCAGCGACAUGGGCGACUACCAUGAUCUCUAUCUGAAGACCGAUGUGCACCUUCUUGCAGAUGUGUUUGAGAAAUUUAGAUGCACUGCAAUGGCCACGUACGAUUUGGACCCGACACACUACUACACCCUGCCUGGAUUCGCGUGGGACGCCCUUCUGAAACAUACAGGAAUUUCGCGAGGUAUUGAAGAUAUAGGUGGGUUUGAGGACCCGCAGUAUUCUGAGUAG